AUGGUCAGUAACACAUUUCCUACGUGUCGGUUGGGCAACUCUUGCGAGAGAGAUUUGUCUGACGACACCGAAUUCCCCGGUGUGGUUGCACGGCCUAUCGGAGACUUCAACUCAAAGGCGUCAUAUCACUACCAAACAGUUCGCUGCAACGUCGACUUGCUCAAGAUCAUUCAGCUCGGUGUCACCCUCUUCAACGUACAAGGCGACGUUCCACCCUCGCAUCUCGAUACUUCAAACCUCCGCUACAAGCCAAAGUCGCUACAAAGACAUGCGAGCAACAUUGUCGUCUGCCCAUGCACAUGGUCAUUUAACUUUAACUUUGCACUUGAAGAAGACAUGUACAACGAGGAGUCGAUACAAAUGCUCAAGAAGUCUGGUGCCGACUUUGAGAAGCACCGAGAGCAGGGCAUCGAUCCCAAGGAAUUCGGCUCAUUACUCACAACAUCCGGCAUGGUGAUUUCUGAAGACGUUAACUGGAUAUCGUUUCAUUCUGGUUACGACUUUGCAUACAUGCUCAAGAUGUUGACAUCGAAACCUCUUCCUGAAGACGAGGAAGCAUACCGCAAGCUCGUCAAAAUGUUCUUCCCGAAACUGCUCGACGUAAAGUAUCUCUGGCGACAUGCAAACAACCUCGUUAGGCGCGGCGUUAUUGGCUCCACAGCAACAAACAUACUCAACAACCUAGGCACGAAAUCCGGUCUUCAAGAUCUUGCCGACGAGCUCGGCUGCCAGCGCGUUGGCAACUCACACACGGCUGGCUCCGACGCCUGGUUAACCGGUGUAGUCUUCUGGGAAAUGAAGAAGAAAAUCUUCGACGGCACCGUCCCCGAGGAAAUGAGCGGCCACAUGUGGGGUCUCACUGGCGUCGGCCCCCCAGCAAGCGCUACCGCUCAAGCCGCCGUCAUUGCUGCACAGGGCGCUUCACAGGGUCUAUCUGGCUUCCAACAGGGCGUCAACAAUACCUUUUAUCCAGGUAACGCUCGCCAUGGUGUCGAUGGACCCAGUACGCCUACAAACCACCCCGCUGGUCUCGCAAACACACCUGGUCCGACGGGUAUGAUGACUCCUGGAGCUUAUGGCUAUGGCAAUAAUGGUAUGGUGCCCAGCGGCCACUAUGGUGAUAUUGGUCUGUCGCGUCUGGGGAAUCCUCUCAUGGCCCCUUCUAUGACCCCUCGUGUGAACUCUGACGGCGGUGUUGACGGCGGUGGCGGUCAAAAGGUUAAACGUAAUCAGCGUAGGCAUAAGUCUAAGGCUAAGUCUGAGUCUAAGUUUGAGUCUAAGCUCUAG